AAUGGAUACAGUCGAUUUAAUUGCCUCUCAGAUGGAGAAGAACAACUUUACUGACGAUAAUAUGAUUCCCGGUAACUUUUUAGCUUCGCAGCUAAAAGCUAUUUAUAACGAUUCAUCAUCACUUUUUUGCCAAAGUGUUUAUAGCAAUCCGAAACAUAAGAAAACUCGAUGGGCUAGUCUCUAUCAUACAGAUUUUAUCCCAUUGAUGGAACAGAAGCCAACCAGCGUAAGAUCCGACAAUCUAUUUAGAAGAGCUUCGCGAGGUUUACAAAGAUCUAAUUCUUUAAUUGUUAAGAAAAAGGACAAAAGUCCAGGAGAAAUAACGGAUAGAGCAAUGAGCGCUAAGAUUUUUAGCUCUUGGAAAGUACCUGAUAGGUUAACGGAGAAUAACUACGAAAGAAAAGAAAAUGAACUGGAGGAAAAAGUCGAACCGAAAGUUCAAAAUAAGAUACCCAGUCCUACAAGUAUAGGUGUAGGGGCUGGAAGAGUAAACUCUUCUAAAAGUGGAUCCGUAAGUUUACCUGGUUUACCAUUUUCGAAGAUUUCCAAACCCAAUUCACCAAAGAAAAUUCAAUCGAAAGACGAUCAGCCAGAGAUUAAGACUAGAUCGCUAUCGCCUAAACAACCAAAGUCUCUUCGAGUUAAACAGCUCUUGCAAUCAUUUCCCAAUGGUCCUAACGGUAAACGAGAGGAAUGCAUUCAAGCCGUCAGAUCGGACUCUACUUUUGUUAGCGCAAAUGAUAGAAAGUUAAUCGAAAGAGCUUUAAGCCCAACAAGAAGAAAGGCUGAUCCUUGUCAAACUGUUCAAGAUUGGCUAAAACGCGCUACGGAUAAAGACAAGGUGGCGGCAAUCGAUUUUUUCAAGUCGCUGGUUAAUUCAAAGUUACAAGAUUCUUCCGCAGACAACGAGGAGACUGUUAAACUACUCAAGAUAUUGGAGACACUUGAUAAAAAUAGGCCAGCAGGAACGUAUACUCUGCCGAAUGGAAGCCAAUACAAAGAUCCUGGAUUUCGAUACAUAAGGCAAUUGACGCCGGCAACUCGAACCAACAGAUGGAUGUAUACGACAUGGCACCAUCUACCGCCCGAAAAUGAAGCGGCUCCACCAGUAAAUAACACGAGUUCGCAUUACGCAAAAACCCAAACUUUACCGCAGCGUCAUUACGUUGUUCACCCUGAUUUGGGAUAA